AUGGAUCAUGCUCAACCAAAUCGUUCAUGGAUGUACGAUACGUGUCAUAGAGGAAGAGGUGCUUUGAAAGAGUCUUUUGUAGUGGGUGUUGAAGAGUUUAUAAGUAAAGCUUGUGAACAACAACGUUAUCGUAGAGAUGGGGGUCUUCGAUGUCCAUGUUUAAAGUGCGAUUGUACAAAGAUUCUGCACGAAAGAGUUGUGAAGGUUCACCUUUACAAGAACGGUUUCAAGCCUAAUUAUUUCAUUUGGGAGGAUCAUGGGGAAAUAAUGCCAGAAGAUCAUGUACAGAAUCAUGACAGUUCGAUGGCUGUAGAGACGGAAGGUGGUCAAAUUAACCAAUUUCAAACAAUAGAAGACAUGGUGCAUGAUGCUCUUAGGCAAAAUGAGUCGUGGCAAGCAUCUACUUCUAAUAAUAUUGAAGAGGCUCCGAAUGAAGAAACACAAAGGUUUUUUAAUUUUUUGUUGGAUGCAAACCAGUCGUUGUAUGGAGGAGCAUCAGACUCGAAAUUAUCAAUGUGUGUCAGACUAUUAGCUUGCAAGUCAAAUUGGAAUAUUCCUAACCAAUGCAUAGAUUUUAUUGCAAAAAUGGUUAUGGAUGCAACACCCAUCAAAUCAGGUUUGCCUAAAACAUACUACGAUGCAAAAAAACUACAAAGAAUGUAUGCCUCAACACAAACUGCAGGACAAAUGACAUGGCACUAUCAGAACAUGUCGUCGAAUGGUGUUUUGCGUCAUCCAUGCGAUGGAGAGGCUUGGAAGCACUUUGAUAGAGUAUAUCCUGACUUUGGUAUCGAGCCACGCAAUGUACGACUCGGUUUAUGCUCUAACGGUUUUAACCCAUAUGUACAGGCAUCAAAUAUACCAUAUUCAUGUUGGCCAGUUAUUGUGACCCCUUAUAAUCUUCCUCCAGAAAUGUGCAUGUCUAAACCUUACAUGUUCUUGACAUGUCUCAUUCCCGGGCCAUUCAAUCCAAAGGUUGGCAUAGAUGUGUACUUAGAGCCAUUGAUAGACAAAUUGAAGAAGCUGUGGAUGGGUGUGAUGACAUAUGAUAUUUCAAGGAAACAAAACUUUAUUUUGAGGGCCAUGCUAAUGUGGACAAUUAAUGAUUUUCCUGCUUAUGGUAUGUUGUCCGGCUGGAGCACUCAUGGUAAACUGGCAUGCCCACAUUGCAUGGAGCAUACAAAGGCUUUUAGAUUAUAUCAUGGGGCAAAAAAUUCAUGGUUUGACUCCCAUUGGAGGUUUUUACCGAAUGACCAUGCUUUUAGGAGGAAUAAGAAUGCUUUCAAGAAGGGGGAAGUGGAGAUGGAUAACGCACCACCAUAUCUUACGGGACCAAAAGUUUGGAAUAGAAUCAAUGGUUAUCCUAAAUAA